GCUUGGCAUCAUUUAUCGGGACGUGAAGCUGGAGAACAUCCUGCUCGACAACGAGGGGCACGUGGUGCUGACCGACUUCGGCCUGAGCAAGGAAUUUGUGACGGAGGAUAAAGAACGGACCUUCUCGUUUUGCGGCACCAUCGAAUACAUGGCCCCCGAGAUUGUACGCAGCAAAAGUGGACACGGGAAGUCUGUGGACUGGUGGAGUUUGGGCAUCCUGGUUUUUGAACUCCUGACUGGCGCGUCUCCUUUCACGCUCGAAGGGGAGAAGAAUUCGCAGGCGGAGGUCUCCAGACGGAUCCUGAAGUGCAGCCCACCCUUCCCGUCACUCAUCGGCCACGAGGCCCGCGACCUGCUGCAGAAGCUCCUGUGCAAAGACCCCAAGAAACGCCUGGGCUCCGGCCCGACGGGGGCCCAGGAGAUUAAAGAGCACCCCUUCUUCAGGGCUCUGGACUGGGUUGAACUAGCAGCGCGCCGGGUCAGGCCGCCGUUUAAACCCCUCAUCCGCCACGAGUUGGACGUGCGAAAUUUUGCCGAAGAAUUCACCAGCUUGGAGCCCAUCUACUCUCCAGCUGGGACCCCUCCCAGCCUAGACCGUGUCUUCCAGGGAUAUUCUUUCAUUGCCCCGUCAAUCCUCUUCAACCGUAAUGCUGUGACUGCUGACGUACUUGAGGCAGCGUACGACGGAGAGCGUCCCGGAAGAUCUGCGGUGGCCCGCAGUGCCAUGAUGAAGGAUUCUUCAUUCUUCCAAAAAUACGAGAUGGACUUGGUGGAGCCUCCCCUAGGCGAGGGAAGCUUCUCUGUCUGCCGCCGUUGCCGACAUCGACAAAACGGGACAGAAUUUGCGGUCAAAAUCAUCAGCAAAAGGAUGGAAGUCAACACCCAGCGAGAGGUGGCGGCUUUGCAGAUCUGCGAAACUCACCCGAACAUCGUCAAGCUUCACGACGUUCACCACGACCAGUAUCACACGUACUUGGUGACGGAAUUGCUGAAGGGCGGAGAACUCCUGGACCGCAUCAAGAAGAAACAGCACUUCAGCGAGUCGGAAGCCAGCCAGAUCAUGCGCAGCUUGGUCUCCGCCGUCAGUUUUAUGCACGACUCGGGCGUGGUGCAUCGGGACCUCAAGCCCGAGAAUAUUCUCUACGCAGACGAGUCGGAGGGCGCUCCCGUGAAGGUGAUCGACUUCGGCUUUGCCCGCCUCUGCCCUCAGAACUCGCAGCCCAUGCAGACCCCCUGCUUCACCCUCCAGUACGCGGCCCCUGAACUUUUCCAGGACGGGGGUUACGACGAGUCUUGCGAUCUCUGGAGCCUGGGGGUGAUCUUGUACACUAUGCUGUCUGGCCAAGUCCCCUUCCACAGUAGCCAGGAAGGCAGCGCGGCCAGCCAUGCCGCGGACAUCAUGCACAAAAUCAAGGAAGGGCGGUUCUCCCUGGAGAGCGAAGCGUGGAAGAACGUGUCCGAAGAGGCCAAGGAGCUGGUUCGAGGUCUUCUGACGGUGGAUCCGGCCAAGCGGUUGAAACUGUCCAACCUACGCUACAGCGAGUGGCUCCAAGAUGGCAGCGCCCUCUCGUCCACGCCGCUCAUGACGCCGGACAUCCUGGAGAGCUCCGGGCCCGCCGUGAGAACUGGCGUCAAUGUGACGUUUAUGGCCUUCAACAAGGGGAAGCGCGAAGGCUUUUUCCUGAAAAGCGUGGAAAACGCCCCUCUGGCCAAACGCCGUAAGCUCAAGAUGUCCAGCACCGGUGCUGAAGGUCGCCGAAGCAGCAGUUCCUCCUCCUCCUCCUCUUCUUCGGGCUCAUCCUCCCGUCCCCCCAAAGCCAAGAUCCCCACCAUUCGCCACGACCCCCCCUCGUAGCAGCGGGGAGGGGGGGGGGGAGAGAAGGGGCCCGAGCACUGAAAACGCUGGAGGGGGGCAAAGGGGGUAUUUAUUGUCUAUGUUGCUGUCUCGGGAAGCGUCGGGGAGCCUGGCUUCUGUUCCCCCCUCAUUUCCAGCCCGCCAUGAUGUGAUAGCUUCAUUCAGAAUGGGGUUGUGGUUUUUUUUUGGGGGGGGGGGCAGUUCUCUGUCGGAAAGGCAGAGAAAUCCAGGGGUUGUUAUAGGCAAAGAUUUGGGGAGGUUUGGGCCACCCUGUUCGGAUGGCUGGAAAGGGGAACCUUCCCCCCCCUCAAUUUCCAAGCCAAAAUCUACAUCUUGAUUCCACAAGGACGCAGCCAGGGAGAUGUUGCUACUUCAAGUGGGUUUUUUUUUUUUUUAAUGUUGUGGGGGGGGAGGCGGUGUCGUCAUUUUAUUCCCUAACCGAUCUGCUGCAUUUCUGCAUGCAAGGUGGGAGUGAGCUGGCUGGCCCUGGCGGACAAAGGCUGCAGUUUUCCAAGCCACCAGCAGAGGGCAAGCAGUCCUCUCACCCAUGGCCCCCUGGUGGCCAGCUGCGGUUUUGCAAUCCAAACCUGAGAUUAUUUUAAGAGAGGGAUUUGAUUAAGGAUGGGUAGCAUUUAAUUUUUUUUAUUAUUUUUUUUUGUAUAAGCUGUUGAUAGGAAGGGAUUUGUUCCUUCUAAGGCCCAAACCGCAUUCGGGAGAAGAAAAGGAGAAUAUUUCCUCCUGCUACACAGGUAGUCCUCGACUUACAACAGCGCAUUCAGUGACCAUAACAACUUGUGCCCGUUUUUCACACUUGUGAUGGUUGCAGCAUCCCCAUGCUCACACGGCGACGCUUCAAAACGUUUGGCACCUGACUCACACUUACGACGGUUGCAGUGUUUGGCGACCUUCUGAUCUGUCCAUGAGGGGAAAGCCGGAUUCGCUUGACAACCAGGGUUGUAACUUAACCACUGCAGGGAUUCCCUCGACAAUGGUGGCGAGAAAUGUCGUGAAAUGGAAACAUCUCGCUUAGCGACAGAAAAUGUGGGGUUUAAUUGCAGCCGGAAGUUGAGGACUAACUGUACUUUUUUCUUUUUGAUCCCUGUACACUCCUUCUGUCUGAUGCAGAACUUUUUAACGUUUGG